AUGACUUCAGUAGAAAAUAUAAAAAAUACUGAAAAAGAAGAAAUAGUUAAAAAGGAUUUUAUUGGCAAAGACAAUAAGUAUAUUGAUAAUAUAGAUAUUGAUGGUAGAGAUAAUGAUUUAGAUGUAGAAGAAAAUGUAAAGGUUUUUGAAAAAGGAAAAAACAUUAAAGAUGCAUUUAGUGAAAAUAACAACAAUAAAGAUGAUGAUACACUUAAUGAAAAUGGCGCGCUUAGUGAAGAUAAUGAUGCAUUUGACGAAAAUAAUAAUAAUAACGAUAAUAAAGACGAUAAACUUGGUGCACUUAGUGACAAUGAUGCGGAUAAAGUAGUAGACAAUUUAAAAGAUGUUGAAAUAGAAGAUACCAUUAAAGAAUCAUCAAAUUCAUUACCAAAACGAACAUCAUUAUUAGAGCAGGAUAUUGGAAAAUAUAAUGAAUCAGUUCAAAAGAUUCAAACCAUUCAAGAUGCUCAAAAUUCACAAAAUCCUCUUGCACAUAUAGUAACUGACAAAAUUAAACGAAUUUCAGUUGCAUCUCUUGCUGAAAAUCCUGAAUUAAAUGAUGUAUCUUUGGAUGAUGAUAAUUAUAUUCAAGAGUCACCUAAAGAAUGGGGCUCGCAGGAAUGGGCUUUUUCCAAGACCCCCAACUCAUUAAAAAACUUAUCAUUAUUGUUUGGCUCAAGAUCAAGUACUUCAUCUACAAUAACUACACCUAUUAAUGAAAGAUUUGAUUCGCGUCGUGCGUCUAAUGUGUCUAAUGUGUCUACAGUAUCUUCAGUAUCUAAUUAUGAUUUGUUGUUUGCUAAAAUUGAAAGAGAAAAUCAAAUUUUGCAAGAAGAUCCUAAGGCAAAACGAAUCUCAAUACAAGGAAUCGCAGAAUUAAAACGUAGUUUUGAAAGAGUCCAAAAUGAAGCUAUUGUAAAUUCACAAGAUGAUGAUAUAGAUUGGGACUUUUGGGGACAAAUUAUAUCAGAUUAUGAAACUGUUGCAAGAACAAAAUCACGACAUUUAUCCAAAGCAAUUCAAAAAGGAAUACCGCAAGCAUUACGGGGCAUGAUAUGGCAAUUAAUGUCUAAAUCUAAAGAUGCUGAACUGGAAGCUAAAUAUUCACAAUUGCUCAAACAAUCAAGCCCUCAUGAAAAAAUGAUUGUAAGAGAUUUGAAUAGAACCUUUCCAAAACAUGAAUUUUUCCGGAAUCAGGAUGGAAUAGGUCAAGAAGGUUUAUUCAACGUUGUUAAAGCAUAUUCGAUUUAUGAUCCUGAAGUUGGAUAUUAUGAAGAGGCCUUUUGUGUUCUUGUUAAAUUAAUGAAACAAUAUAAUAUGCGAAGCCAUUUUGUACCAGGAAUGGACGGUCUUCAACUUCGUCUUUUCCAGUUUGAUCUUCUGGUUGAAGAAAUGCUUCCCAGAAUUCACAGUCAUCUUUUGGCACAAGGAAUAAACUCAUCAAUGUAUGCAUCACAAUGGUUUAUGACACUUUUCGCAUACAAAUUUCCAUUAUCAUUGGUAUUUCGAAUAUACGAUACAAUUUUCACUGAGGGGAUUGAGGCUAUUUUCCGAUUCAGUAUUGCACUAUUGAAAAGAAAUGAAAAAAAAAUUGUUGAAUUGAAUUUUGAACCUCUAUUGGAAUUUUUGAAAAGUGGAUUGUUUGAAAGUUACCAGUUUACCCCUACUGGUAUAUUGGCACAAUUGAUAACUGAAACACAAUAUAAAACUAAUGAUUUUGUUAAAGAUGCAUAUGAUAUUCGAAUCACAGUCAAAAAACUUAAUAGAUAUCAACAAGCUUAUUAUACACAUCAAGAAAAUGAGAAGAAAAGAUUCAUAGCAGAGGCAGAAGCAGCUGAGAGAAUAAGAGUUAAUAAUAAUCAUCUAUCUGGUAAAAUCAAAAGUCUUGAAAGCAGCUUACAAACACUUGACCGUGAACAUGUUGAACUCGCUAAUGAUUUCAUUAAUACUAAGAUGGAACUUGCACAAUAUAAAGACGAAAAUGGCAAUCUCCAUCAAACAAUUGCAAAUCUGCGUAGAAAUUUGGAGAUUCAACAUAAAGAAAUUGAAAGUAAAACACAAGAUCAAAUGGAAGAUUUGGCUAAAAAGAAUAUUGAAUUGGUAGAAAGAAAUAAUCUAUUGGAGGAUCAACUUUCAAGUUUAGAAAAUAUGUUAAUAGAAAUUAAGAUGAGGUAUGCAGAGAGUGAGAAUGAAAGAGAAGUGUUGAAACGAAAAUGGAAUGAUUUGAAAAAAGCAUUAGGAUAA